AUGUCUGAAAAUACACAGCGACCGACCGCAAAACGGUCGCCGUCUAUUCUGGUCACAGAUGCCAGAAAAAACACAACGAAAGCGCCGUUUGCAGGUCAUCAUUACUCCUAUUCCCAGCGCAAUCCAUCCGGGGCAAAGACUCCGGUGUCGCCCUACAAGAUUCCAAAUAGGACAAGAAACCAUUCCAAGUAUAGUGAUAUAAGUGUUACGAACUUACUUUCAAACACAAGCGAUAUUCCGUCUUCCAGACAAAGGCCAACGGGUCUUCUUUCUGCUGGAAGACCCAGGUCAUACAGGUCGAUGGGAAGGGACGAUGGAUAUGAACCAGGUCUCAAGAGAUUGCCCUCGGGCUCGAUUCCAAAGUUGGCAAAGACCCUUCCUCUGCGUACGUCGAAAACUUCAGAGAGACUGGUCAUGAUUCCAGAUCACGAGAUAGAGUCAUUUGACGAGUAUCACCGGACUUCUACGACAGAGAAUGUUUUCACGGGUGACUUGUAUGUGAGGACGAAAGCCGAGCAGAUGUCCAAAGAACAGAGAGAAGAAGAAUAUUCGAGAGUUACUGCCUAUUUGAUUGCGGAUGGUUUUGACCUCAAGUUGACCUCAAAGUUCCUUGCCAAACACCAUUCUGUUUCCCCAAGAGUGUACGAUGAAGUGCUGUAUAUUCCGUAUUCGCUCCCGUUAUUGCCGGGUGAAAAUGGUUACAGGGUUCAAUCCAACAACUCACUCAAGAUGCAAAAAGGUAACAUGUUGAUGGAGAAUUUCAUCAACAAGUCUGAGCAGAAAGACCACCAUUUUGAGUAUUUUUCUGGCGUUGACUACACGAAACCUCACCCGCCUGAGCGCGAACACUCAAAUCUUCAGGUUAUCGAAGAAGAGGGACAUGCGAUAUCGCCUCACUUAUCAUCGAGUAAUUUUGACCCUUAUGAGCCUCAAUUCUUUGCAUCUCAAAGCCCCACGGACAGCAUGGUUGAAACUACAUUUACGUCGAGAGAGGAAAUUAAGACUAAAGAAGGCAUCGAAGUUUUAUUGGAUACCCCUCAAGCUGCCGCAGAUCAAGAAGGAGCACAUGCUGAGGCCAGUUCGUCAGCUUCCAAUGGUGCUGACUCAAGCGGGUCUAGGUCUCCGGCAUCGAGAAGUGUUCCUGAUCUGUCAAAACAUGCGGAGAUCUUCAUUUUCGACUACGGUGUGGUAGUUUUCUGGAAUUUCAGCGAAGUCCAUGAGAAAAACGUGCUUGCUGAUCUGGUAUUCGCUAAGAUACAGCCGGGCGAGUUUGGUGAUAGCGAUGAUGAAGACGAAGAGGAUGACGAUGAGAGUGGCUCUGGUGAUGAUGAGCAGGACAAUUUGAUACAAACGCACUCUCAACGAAAUGAGGAGGAAAAGGUACGCAACAUCAGUUUCAUAAUAAAGCCGGUUCGAGAGCAGGACAUCGAGACAGAGGAGUUCCAUUUUGAGUACAACAGGGAUAUCGCUACUCCUCGUAUCUAUAACGACAUGAUUACGUUGAAAUCUGGAGACCAUAUGAUCAAGCUCGCAAUUUCACAUGCCAUCGCCCAGUCUACAAAACUGUCAAUAUUUGAAUCUAAAAUGUCUGGAAUUCUUGCCUCGAUCUCCAAAUUGCCAAAGACGUUGGCCUUGACGGGAAAGCUUGAAAACUACACCAGAAAGAAACUGUUGAUGAAAACGGGAAAGUUGUUCUAUCUUAGAAACGCAGUGAACCUUUCAUCAAAUGUCUUGGAUACUCCUGAUUACUUUUGGUCGAUUGAGCCUGGCCUGGAUCCUUUGUAUUCUGCGAUCAGGGAGUACCUGGAGAUAGAACAACGUGUGGAGGUGAUUGAGGACAGAUGCAAGGUGUUUUUGGAGUUUUUUGAUAUCAUUGCUGAUUCGCUUGCCGAAAAAACCAUGAAUAAGAUCACUACGAUUCUGAUUGUUGCAAUUGGUCUGAUGCUACUAGUGACAUCGUUUGAAGUUGUGAUUAGGUACGUUAUUCUGUCGAAGGGUCAUCCUAAAUAA